AUGGCUGAUGAAAUUGCAUCAGCAAUGGAGCAGGAAAUGGUGGAAGAACAGGCUAUAAAGUGCCCAAGGCCUUCAGCAAAGAGGCAAAGGAAAGGAUCUCCUGACGCCCGAGAAGAAACAGAUAAAGAACGUGUAGACGAUAGUCUUCUGCAAGAUGCACGUAGAAUCAAAGAAAACAUCAGGGUCUACAUGAACGCAACAGACAGGAACGUGAGUGCGAAGGUACAAAAGCACGUUAAUGGGAAAAUUCAGCAGUUAAUAGAUAUAAUGGAGACAAUAUAUGAUAAGAACUAUGAAAAAACGUUUUUAGUACAACGUGUGGUAAAGGACACAUUAGCUUCCUCUGAAAUGUAUGAUAUCAUAGUAAAUGCAUUAGUGGAAAAAGCAGUACCUAUGGUUAUCGAGGGACUCAAGUCGGAAUGUAAAACCAUACAAAGACCACUGUCAGAACCUCAGACAUCUCGGGAGUUUCCAUGCGUUAAAGAACAACCGCUAUUAGCCGAUGCCCACGCUAUUAUUGAGACCACGGAGAAUGAAAGUUUCCAGGAAGCUGUCGCUUAA